AGUUUCCUGAGUAGGAAGAGUCGGCUCUGUCCCUUCCUAAUCAGGGCGUCCGUGUUGGUUGACCAUUCCAGUUUAUUGUUUAGAAGAACACCCAGGUACUUGUAGGAGGUCACCCUCUCUAUGUCCGUACUCUCGAUGUUCAUCAGUGCAGACAUCAGCGAAGAUGUUUGUCCUGAGCGGCUGGGUGCUGAGCCUUCUCACAUUAAAGAGGAAGAGAAGAAAAAAGAGGUAUCCUACUCAAAAGAGGAAGAGGAGCAGCAGGCCCAUUAUAUUAAAGAGGAGGAGCUCGAGCACCCUUGCACAAAAACGAAGGUGGAGGAGCCUAGAGACAUCAGCAAAGAUGUUUGUCCUAAGCGGCUGGAUGCAGAGUCUUCUCACAUUAAAGAGGAAGAGGAGAAAAAAGAGAUCUCCCACUUAAAAGAGGAAGUGGAGCAGCAGGCCCAAUAUAUUAAAGAGCAGGAGCUACAGCACCGUUGCACGAAGGUGGAGGUGGAUGAGCCCCCUGACAUCAAAGAAGAGGAGGAGGAGGUUAUCUGCAAGGUGCCAUUUACUGGUGUCCUUCAGAAGAGUAUAAAUGAGGCGGACAGAGAGGCUCCAAGGACCAGCUCAUGUCAACACAUGACAACAAAAGGUGUUGGAAACCACCAGGAAGAAUCAAAAGUAUCUCCACGAUCAGAAAGUGACAACAUGUCAUUAAAUGCAGAUGAGGAGGAUGAAGAUGACUCUGAAGGUGAUCUGACAAGUAACACAGACAACAAACCCUGGAAAUGUUCUCACUGUGGGAAAAUGUAUGCUUGUAAAAGUGCUUUGGAAUUCCACAUCAGAACACAUACUGGUGCGACACCGUUCACCUGUUCAAACUGUGGCCGUAAAUUCUCUUGUAAGGCAAGCUUAAAAAUCCACACAAGAAUCCACACCGAUUUUCUGAGAAGGGAAAGUUAA